AUGGCGCUGACCAACUCGCAGUGCCAGGAGAUUCGCGCAACGGUGCCGGCGCUCAACGCCCGCGGCGAAGAAAUCAUCGCCUCCUUCUACCAAAGCCUGCUGCGCGGACAUGCCGAGCUUCGCAGCUACUUCAACACCGCCAACCAGCAGAACAAGCUCCAGCCGAGGGCAAUGGCCUCGCUCAUCAUCCAGUUCGCCAACAACGCGAGCCACUUGUAG